AUGGCCAAGUUACAUUCAUAUUAUGUUACAAAUGUUGCUUCUGAACUUAAAUAUGCUAAUAUCGAUAUUACAAAUAAUGAAAAACAAAUUGAAGAUCUUAUUCGAAUUUGUCAAUUUGGUAAUCAAGAAUCUAAUGAAUUUGAAGAAUUUAAUGAAUUUAAAGAAUCUAAUGAAAAAUCUGAAAAUAAAGAAUAUGAUAAAUCUGAAGAUGAUAAAUCUGGAGAAAAUAAUGAAUUUGAAGAUAAUGAAUCUGAAGAAGAAGAUGUAUCUGAAGAAUUUGAAGAAACUCAAGAAAUUAAUAUUUUAAAUAAUAUUGAUAAUUAUUUUAACUUUAAUAACGAUGAAUUUUGGCAAGUAUUAAAUAUGAAUAUUUCAGUUAUUAUUGAACUAUAUGAAUUAGAAAUUAGUAAUAAUGAUACCAAAUUUGAUGCUAAUGACUUUUAA